AUGAGUGUGCACGGUAACAAUAGUGGGAUUCAAAUUGCUUAGCAUCAAAGUCCUUCUAGAAUCAUUAAGGAAGUCUCAGAUGCUUCUAAAGAGUUAGCGGCCAGGAAGGUUUUGGAGAGGAAAAUCUCUGAGUUGGAAUUGAAAUUGAAAUAAUAGGAUAAUCUUAUUUAGAGAUAGCAAUCCCAAUUGGAGGAGGCAACUUAGGAGACAUAAUAAAUAGGAAGGCAAUUUGAAGAUGCAUUGAACGAUGUCAGGUAGAUGAAGUUGAUUGGGGAGAAGAAGGAUCAGUAAAUUGGAAUGUUGCUUGAGGAGAAUGAUAAAAUAGUAUAAUUAUUAGAGAUGUAAAGAAGUAAUUAAUAGACGGAUGUGACAGAUACCAUUCAGAAAUUGGAAUAAUAAGUACGAGAUCGCUUUCUUUGUGAAAAAAGAUUAAAUGAUGAAAUCUAAUCAUAAAAAAUCAAAUUGCAUUAAGUUGAAGAUUAACUCAAGGACAGAAAUCACCUAAUCGAGGAUUUAAGGGAGAAACUGAGUCAUAGAGAAAAAUAAUGUUCAACUGAUGCUUCAUUAGGAGUACUUGCAAACAAGAGAGCAAUGGAAAUUGAAAUUUUGACUCUACAAAAUGGUGACCUCUAAUUGAAGGUUUAAGAUUUAACAAGCAAAAUAUAGUUACUCUUAGAGGAAAACGGUAAUUUGCAGAAAACAAUAGGAACCUAAAAUAACGAAGUUAAACUACAAUAAGAGGACAAAUUCUAGAGGAUGAUUAAAAUACUUAAUGAAAAUCAUCAGAAGGAUAUGUUAAAGUUGAAGGAAUAACAUAAAUUGGAAAUAAAAGAGAAAACUGAUCUAAUUUAAAAUUUAAAGGCAAAUUAGAGUCUGAACAAUCAAAAUAAUAAUUAUGUUGAAGAAUUGAAAUCAGCCAAAAAUACUAUAUCUAAUCUUUAGUCUGAAAUGUCAAAAUUAACAUAAUCAAGUAUUAAGUCUGUCUAAGGAGAGUCUGAUGAUAUUCAAUAAUAAUAUGAGAAAUUGCUUAAAAAAAACAAUUAAUUGAGUGAAUAAAAUUUUUUAUUGCAAUAAAAAAUCAGAAUGGAUGAAGCAAGUAACAAAGAAAAGAUCUCUGAAUUGGAGAAGGGCAAUGAGAAGUUAUUGGAAAUACAACAGGCUAAUGAAGCCAAAAUAGAAGAAUUACAAUAAAAGUUGAAAUAACUACCAACUAAAGUGAGAGAGAAAAGUUUGAGUGAUCUAAAAUUAAAAGUGGAACAAACUAAACUAACUGAAUUUGAUAAUAAAAUUUAGAAACUCCAAGAAAAGGUUGAUUCCUAGAAUUAAGAAAUUAAAGAGAAGACUUAAAAAAUUAAUCAACUGUAAGAUUAAGUCAAAUAGGCUAUUUAUGAAAAGGAUAAUGCAAUCUAAUAGAUUAAGUUAGAGUGUGCUUAGGAAGUCAAAUAAGUUCAGGAUCAAAUGAAAAUAGAAUUGUAGAAUUAGUAGAAAUAGUUUAAUGAGGCUUAAAGACCAAUUCAAGAACAAAUGAAGAGUUCAUCAAUUGAAUAAAAUAAGUUGAAAACUCAAGCAUAAAGAUAUUAAAAUGAAAUUAAAGCCUUGGAAAAUAGAAUUGCAAGUAAGUAUUAAUCAUAGAUGAUAGAUUUGUUGAUUGAAAACGAGCAGAUCAGAACUUAAAUGGAGAAACUAAAAGCAACAGGAGAGAGUUUGAUGAAGGAUAAAUAAAAUUAAGAAUUGAAGAUUUAGGACAAUUUGAGAGAGAUUGAAAGUUGGAAAGAAAAAUAUGUGAAGAGCGUGUCUAAUGGAGAGAAAUAAAAUGACAGAGCCUAAAAGGAAUAGGCAAAGGCAGAAGGUUUGAAGGAAGAGAUCAAUAAAUUGAAUGAACAAUUGGAAUAGAUUGUUGAAUAAAACAACACUUUAGAGGAAUAAUUAUAACAAGCCUAAUAGGAGUCUCGAAAUCUAAGAAAUCAAUUAAUCGGUGGAGUAAAAGGAGAAAGCAGUUCAGGAAAUAAAUCAAAUGGGUUGACUCAACCUAAAGCAUGA